CACACAUAUGGCGCUCAACUAUCACUUGUGACACCGUUUCACCUCAUUCAGCUCCACUAAGCAGAGCAUUGCUAAUUUGUACUUCCUCGGAGAGGCUCUCAGCGCAGGCCAGCAAGGGCCUUUGAAGAGGCCACCCACAGCACCCAACAGGCCCCACUCUGGCCCGAAUCAGCCAAGGUCCUGCUCAAAGGCCUGAGAGCACAAGCAAACCUCGAUUUUCAGAACGGGUCACUCGCAAUCUGUGCCCAACAGAACAAUCAUGUCCAAGGGGGCGAGCGACCAGACGCCAGAGCGUCGCCUUCGAAUCGCUUUUAUUCACCCGGACCUCGGAAUUGGCGGCGCCGAAAGGCUUGUGGUGGACUCUGCAGUGGGGCUGCAAGAGCGAGGACACGAUGUGGAGAUCUUGACAUCUCACCAUGACCCCAAGCAUUGUUUUGAACCCACCAGAGAUGGCACCUUGGUCGUACGGCAUGUGAAGACGAGCAUUCCUCGCGCAAUCUUCAACAGCUUUCACCUUCCCUUGGCCAUAGCGCAACAAUUUUCUCUCUUCUUUCAGCUCUGCAUCGCGUUGCUCUGCUUCAGAUUCCCUGGAGCAUUGCCAAGUGGUGUCUAUAGCUUUUUGAGCAGCACAAAGCCCAUUGAGCCAUACGACUUAAUCUUUGUGGACCAGCUCAGCGCCAUCGUGCCCUGGAUCAGACAUGUCACAGCUACUAGAGUCGUCUUCUACUGUCAUUAUCCGGACAAGGAAAUCUCGAAUAGCAUUGCGAAGCAAAGAGCAAUUGAAAGAGGCGAGGGCGGGCCAGGCCUGCUACGCGCGCUGUACAGGAUCCCCUUCGAUCUGUAUGAGGAGGCUACGAUGGGAUCUUCGGAUAAGGUCUUGGUCAACUCCAUUUUCACGCAAAAACAAUUCAUCAAAAGCUUUUCAAGACUACGCCGAGAGCCUCGUGUGCUUUAUCCGGGCAUUGACUUGUCUCUAUACUCUGUAGCCAAUGCCAAAAAAGGUGUCGAGGAUCUUGGAGCACUUGGAACGACCUUCUCCGUCAAGAAUGCGAUCAGGAAUAUCUGCACCGGCUCAUCGGACCAUGUCACGCUCGUCUCCAUCAAUCGAUUUGAAGCGAAGAAGAAUAUCUCGCUUGCUAUUGAAGCAUUCGCCAAAGUUCUGCAAGAAGAAAAGAAGAAGGAAAAACCGCGACCUCUGCGCUUGGUCAUUGCGGGGGGUCACGACCGGCGUCUUCGAGACAACGUGGCUACGCUGGAGGAGCUGCAAGCCCAGGCUGCGAAGCUGAAGCUGAACUACACUACGCUCUUCUGGACGCCUCAGCCCUUUGAGCCUCCGGCUUCAGCGCCUCCUCCGAAUCAACUGCACGCUCUCCAAGUCGUUUUCCUGCCCAGCCUACCAGGUGCCCUGCUCCCAUCUCUGCUUCUUGCGCCCACCACUCGAGCUUUGCUGUACACUCCGCCGGAUGAGCACUUUGGCAUCGUCCCGCUCGAGGCGAUGGCGUGCGGCGUGCCCGUCCUAGCUGCUAACAGCGGUGGACCCGUGGAAUCCAUCGUCGACGCAGGUGCCUCUGACGAGGGUGGAAACUUCAGCAACCCAGAGGGGACUGGGCUCUUGAGAGCACCAAGAGCUCAAAUUUGGGCCCCCGCUAUCACUUCACUUCUGGACAUGAGCGACUCUCAGAGGGCAAAGAUGGCGCGUGCGGCUGUCGAGCGAGUCAAGAGUCGCUUCAGCUUGCAGGUGAUGACGGAUGGACUUGAGAAAGCACUGUUCGACACCGAUGCCCAAGGUCCUUUGAACAAUGCCGAGGGGCUGCUGCUUUGGGGCAGCACGUUGACGAUCUUUGCCUUCACGAUGGCUUUGUACCUCUACAAGGUCUAUCAAGCACACCACGCUCCGGAGCCUGCGAGCGCGGCAGCAAUGGCUUCUGCAUCGGCGCUCUCUGCCAGCGCUUCUCUCAAUGACGUCUUCAAGACCGUAACGAACGCAUUAGGCUCUGCAGCUUCAGCAGCUGCGACUGUGGCCGGCUCCGCAGCCGAAGACGUUGGAUCAGCAGCUGCCAGAGCCAGCGGCGCUGUAGUUGAUGCGGCCUUGUGAGCAAAAGCACCAUCUCUCCCCUAAAUUCAGCCGCCCCGCAUGGAGGAUCAAGUAUACUAUUCUGGGCGGAGGUUUAGCGGUUUGCGGGAAACCGAUACGUGGGUCA